CAGGACGCCGCCGAACUCCUCGGCCAAUCAGAAGCCGCCCUGCGUUGCCGGGGCAACAGCGUCAUGGAGACGCGCUUUCAAGGAAGUGAGAGUGGAAUCCCCGGCGCGGAAUUCUUGGGAAGAGGAGGAGGCCCCAGGGAAGGAAGGAAGCCCAGGUCGAACCAGGAAUCAUGUCCAGAGUGGUGAAUGCAACUGAUUACAGUAAUUUAUACCCUCAAUCCCAUGGAAUUGUGUUUAAUCCAAGACUCCCAUCCUCCUCAUCAAGCAGAUCGUCAACGCGCAGUAAUGGCAGUGGCAGCAUACAAAGCUCUACCAAAUCAGUUUCAUCUGUCGGUUCUGUUCCUGAUCCCACAUUGUCCUUGCUGGAUAUUGAGCAUAUUUUGUUUGAGAAGACAGUUGCAAAAGAAGAUGAACUCAGAAAAGCAUUUCAGACAGUUGACAUUGAUCAGACCCUGAAAGUCACUAAGGGUGAAUUUAGAAGAGUGAUCGAAACUUUCAUUUUACCCCUGACACAAGAACAGUUUGAUGCUUUGCUGACAAAGAUUCCUGGCAGUAGCAAAGUUUCUGUUCCCUAUCUUGAAUUCUUGUUGAAAUUUGCCAAGCCAAUUGAUCCUAUCUAUACAAAGUGGGGUAUUAAUGGAGAGAGCCGGACAAGAACAUUAAGUCAGCUGGAAUGCCUCUUACGAGAGAAGAUUUCCAAAAAGAUGAAACACUUUAUCAAGACCUGUAGACUUUUCGACUACAAUCAAAAUGGACAGAUACAAAAACAUGAACUGAGAAGAAUUCUCGAAGUCAACUGCUUCAGGAUGGUUGAUUGUGAGUAUGAAAAGCUGUGGAAUCGAUAUUGUAUUUGUCGAACAAAUACAUUGAAUUACAAAGAGUUUUUGCAGUAUCUUGGCUUAAAUUUGGAUAAAAAGAAGAAAAAAAUUACAAAAAAUCAAGAUUUAGAGCAGAAACAGGAUGAGCUGUCAGAAAAAAAGAAAAGUGAAUCAAAGUUACUCUCACCUGUGACACCUGCAUAUAAUCUGACAAAAAUCCAUCUAGAUGCCACUGCGAGGCGUUUUAGAGAAAAGCUGCGUUCUUCAGCCUAUGAAAAUAUUGUGAAAGCUUUCAGAGCGUUUGAUGUUGGGCGAAGUGGAUUUGUUACUUUGGAAUAUUUGAAAUCAGUUCUUAACACUUUUGUGUUUCCAGUACGAAGUGAUGUCUUUCAAGAGCUGAUGAAUAGAUUUGGAAUAAAAAUUUCCAAGAAUAUGGCUUGGGAAAGAUUUUUAGAUAAGUUCCAAGACCCCUUGACAUUUGAUGAGAGCCAGACAUCUCCUACAAGAAAACAACUCAGAAGCAGAAAGUUGGAUGAAGAUGUGUCUGGUGACCGAAUUCUCAUAAAACUGCACGAACAUAUCCAAGAUGCCUAUUCCUCCCUCAAGAAAGCCUUCCUUACACUUGACACAAAUCAAGAUGGAAAGAUUACAAGAAAUGAGCUCCGUCGUAUUUUAGAUUGCAUCAUGUUCCGAAUAACUGAUGAAGACUUCCAAGAAUUAAUCAGGAUUAUUGAUCCAGAACAUACUGGACAUCUAAGCUACAAUAAAUUUUUAAACCUGUUUGAAGACAAGGAUUCACUAGCAGAUUCCAAACCGAUUCAUGGUUCAAAGAAGCCUAAAAAGCCAACUUCUGUCCUUGAAGCUUGGAGGAUUGCAGAGGAUGUAUUGACUGAGCAAGUCAAAGGAUACUGGAAUGAGUUUCACAAAGCUUUGCAGGCAUUUGACCCACAAAAUAAUGGCAUUGUUAGCAGGAAUAAUUUCAGAAAAGUUCUUCAGCUGUAUUGUCCUUCAUUAAACGACGAUCAUUUUAUUGCACUGUAUCAGAAAUACCAAGAUGAUACUACAGAAGGGGUCCUAUACAGGAUGCUCUUACAUAGUCUAGGAGUUGCUGAUUUGCCAAAAGAAAUAACUGCUAUAUCCCGCGCCCCUUCAUCCCGAGGAAGUCAACACAGAGAAGAAAAUAAACAGAUGGACCUUCCAGAGAGAAUGAAACAGAUUGAAGACCAUGCCUACAAAUACACCAAGAAUAGAACUGUUGAUGAAGUAAUUGAAAGGCUGAGGGAUGGUAUCCUGCAACAGGAAACCAGCCUUAGAGAUGCUUUUCUUGUCUACAACAAGCAAGCUAGUGGGAAAUUGAGUAAAACUGAUUUCCGAAAGCUAUUGGAAGAUAUUGGGAUGCCAGUGGAUGAUGACCAGUUUAAUCUACUUAAUGAGAAACUAGGAUUUCCAAUUGGAGGACUGAGUUACCUUGAUUUUGUGGCAAUGUUUGAAGAUUCCAGACUUGGUGGGCAAGGUCCAAAUCGCCAAGUCAAUAUCAACAAGUGUCGCUUCUUGUCUGCUGAAGAAUGCCUCAGCCAAUAUAGUAACAAGCUUGCAGAAGAAUAUGGGGAUCCAUACAUUGCCUUCCGUAAAAUAGAUCUGAACAAUGAUGGCAUUGUAACCAUGCUUGAUUUCCGACGCCUCCUGGAUAGCUUUAUGAUCAGCAUGACAGAUGAGGAAUAUGGACGUCUGCUUAGUCUCCUCGGAAUGAAUGUGACCUCUACAUUAAACUAUCCAGAAUUCCUUCAGUUGUUCCAAGCACAUUCAACAAAAGAGAUGCGCCCAUGGCUGACUCCGUUUUACAAACCCAAACAGAUAGUAGCGGAUGCAGACCUAGCUUGUGAACAAGCUCAUUACUAUCUUAGUAUCAAAGCACAAAGCAGAUGGAAUGACCUAGCUAUGCAUUUCCAUGAAUAUGAUGGCGAAGGAAAUGGCAUAAUUCUGAAAAAGGAUUUGAAAGACGUCCUGUACAGAUGUGGCAUCCCCAUGAACCCAAGAGAAUUUGAAAAACUCUGGGCAAGGUAUGAUCUGAAUGCAAAGGGUUACCUUACCCAUCAAGAAUUUCUUCAAAAAAUGGGUGUGGAUACCACCCACCCAGAAAGCAGCUUCAACAAGCAUCUUAUGACAGAGAACUAUGUGCGGUUUAUGGAUCAUUACAAAAAGGAGGAGAGGAAGCAUAUUGACAUCAAUGAGAUUAUAAAUAAGAUCAGAGAGAAGUACCAUGAGUGCUCCCAGGACUUCCACAAGGCAUUUUUGCAACAGGAUAAAAACAGGGAAGGCUGCAUAACAGUAGGCAACCUGCGUAAGAUGCUGGAAGACCUUCACUGUUGUCUUGGCUAUGAACAGUAUAGUGAACUUCUAUACAGCUUAGGAAUUAGCAUAAAGGACAACAAGCUUUCAUAUUUUGAUUUUCUGAGAGCUAUUGAUGAUCGUGCAGCAUUCAAACGGCAGAGAAGGAAUACUGUGCCACCUGUACCGCCCAUCAGCUUUGUGCAACUCAGCAUAGAUGAAGCCAUGAGAAAGAUUAAACAGAUAGUUACAGAUUCAUCUGGUUUGUUAUACAAGGCCUUUUCGGCUUUCGACAAGGAGCGUACAGGGGCAAUUUCGACCCUGGAUUUCCGGCAGGUACUUCACCACUUCUGCUUUCCUCUCUCAGAAAAACAAUUCAACCAUCUCCUCAAGCUGCAGCGACUUCGUGGUGAGCACUCCAUAGACUGGAAAUAUUUCCUUCAAAAAUUCAACUUCUUCUCAGAGAGUGAAAGAGAGCAUAGUAAAUUUGCUUGUCGGGACCUGUCCACUCAAGAGGUCCUUGCCCGUGUGCAAGAAGUUGUGGGUGCUCGGUUUCAAGCCAUCGAAGAAGAGUUUAAAAAGGCAGAUAGUGCAAAGGAAAAGGUUGUCUCAAAAGAGAUUUUCAGAGACAUCUGCAACCGACGAUUUUUACUUUUGACUGAUGAACAGUUUGAGAAUCUCUGGAACACGGUACCUCUUGAUCAGAAUGGAAAAUUGAAAUACCCUUGGUUUUUGAGGAGGUUCAACUCUGAAGGACAAGAAAUGGCAGAGGUACCCAUUGCAAACUGUCCAGAGUGCCCCAACAAACCUGCGACUCCAGCUGAGCCUGGAUCACGGCCCCAAACAGCAGCCUCUCCAUCAUCACCAAAGAAAGCCCCAGAAGCCAACAGGCCACAAACAGCAGCAGUUCAGAACACGCCUAUUCUGAACUGUAAGCCAAUUGAAAGUAAAAUCCGAAAGAUUGUUCAACAUUGUUGGAAAGAAAUACUAAAGGAAUGCAGAGAGAAGGAUGUUGACCGCUUGGGAGAAAUUCCAGUGGAAGACUUUUUAGCUAUAAUAGAGAAAUUUCAUUUGAAUUUAACCAAGGAAGAAGUGAAACAACUUAUAACAAAGUAUGAUUUUAAGAGUGUUGGCAAAUUUGCAUACUGUGACUUCCUUCAAAGUUGUGUCCUGCUGUUUAAACAACAAGAAGUGUCUCCUCAACAAAGAAUUGUAAUCCAAAAACCACGUGUACAGAAUCCCCAUGGGCCACAGUCUCCAACUUUCUUCAAUGCAAUGAUGAGGAUUCAGCCCCAGAUUCUGCACUGCUGGAGGCCAAUGAGACGGACCUUUAAGUUUUAUGAUGAAAGUGGGACGGGUCUCCUCAGUGUUCAGGAUUUCAGACAGGUGCUUCGAAAGUACAGCAUCAACCUGUCUGAAGAGGAGUUCUUUCACAUCUUGGAAUAUUAUGACAAAUCAUUAACUUCCAAAAUCUCUUACAACGAAUUCCUCAGAGCAUUCCUGCAGUAGCAAGAAAGCAUGCCUACUUCUAGUCUUGAAGAAUCAUUAGGAUAUCUGCUGUCGUAAGACGAAACAACACAGUGGGGGAAGAAAGGCGGAUAUCUCAGGAUUUCUUGACACAUCAUGCCAGCAUAUUUUUCAUUAGUGCUACUGGCAGGAGGACUUGACUCAACAACUCCAAAGGGAUUAAAGAACAAUCUUUUUGCUGUAAAAACAAAUCAAGUCAUGCAGCUUUUUUUCUCUAAAGAGUAAAUUCUUUUAUAGGCAUGGAUGGCAAUCACCAAACUAUUUUUUCUCU